AUGGGCCUGGCAGCUUUUGGCAGCUUUUGGGUCCUGUGCCAACCUCCUGCAGGGGCACAGCACAACAGCAGCCGCUACCACUCGGGACCUGAACUCAUUUCCUCUGCGCCCGCCCUCUUCACGUUUGGCAGUGUUUCUGUACCCCUCUGGUGUCUCUCAUGUGUGAACAGCGCUUUCCGGUGCCACUGGUGCAAAUACAGAAACUUGUGCACCCAUGACCCGUCCAGCUGCUCGUUCCAGGAGGGGAGGGUCAAUGCCUCAGAGGACUGUCCUCAGCUGGUGCGCUCAGAGGAGAUCCUGAUCCCAGCUGGAGAAGUGAAGCCCAUCACCCUGAAGGCCAAGAACCUGCCCCAGCCCCAGUCUGGACAGAGGGGCUACGAGUGUGUGCUCAACAUACAGGGGGUCAGCCACAGGGUCACGGCUCUGAGGUUCAACUCGUCCAGUGUGCAGUGCCAGAACAGCUCGUAUCUCUACGAAGGCAUGAAAAUCAGCGAGUUGCCCGUGGACUUCUCCGUGGUGUGGAAUGGCAACUUUAUUAUUGAUAAUCCAGAGAACAUUCAAGUGCACCUGUACAAGUGCGCCGCUCAGAGGGACAGCUGCGGGCUGUGUCUGAAGGCGGACAGGAAGUUCGAGUGCGGCUGGUGCAGUGGAGAGGGCAGGUGCACCCUACGUCACCACUGUCCCCCCAUCAACCCCUACACCACCCGCUGGCUCAACAUGAACACCAAGAACGUCAAGUGCACCAACCCGCGCAUCACUGAGGUGACCCCGAUGGCAGGACCACCAGAGGGCGGUACGCGGGUGACCAUCCUAGGCACAAACCUGGGUCUGUCCUUCUCAGACAUGGUCAACAAUGUGGAGGUGGCUGGAGUCCGCUGCACCCCUGUGGAGGAUGGAUACAUUAUUGCAGAACAGAUCGUGUGUGAGAUGUCUUCCACCCCUCCAGACAGCAGGGCCGGGGCCGUGCAGCUGUGUGUGGGGGACUGUAGGCCAGAGCUGAGGACCCGCUCCUCUCAGCUCUACUCGUUUGUGACCCCCACAGUGACCGGCCUGUCCCCGAGCAGAGGGCCUGAGUCUGGAGGGACCAAAGUAACUAUCCUGGGAGAGCACCUGGGGGCUGGCAGCAGUGUCACCGUGCGCUUUGGGAACCAGACCUGCGAGUUCUUCGACCGCACCAUGACAGAGAUCGUGUGCUACAGCGCCCCCUCUCUGUCCGGCGUGGGUCCUGUUCAGAUCAGCGUCAGCGUGGACCGGGCUCAGAUCAGAGAGAGCCUGACCUUUGAGUACAUCGAUGACCCCACGGUGCAGCGCAUAGAGCCGGACUGGAGCAUCGCCAGUGGCCACACCCCGCUCAUGGUAACCGGAACCAAUCUGGACAUCAUCCAAGAACCGAGAAUCCGAGUCAAGUACGCCGGCCGCGAGUCUGUCAAUGUCUGUAAAGUUCUCAACACCACGAGUAUGAGCUGCUUUGCCCCCUCCCUGCUGCCCGAGUACCUCCCCGGGCUGGACUCCGUGAAACACGCGGACGAGUUUGGGUUCAUCUUCAACAACGUGCAGGCUCUCCUAGUGUACAACAACACCAACCUGCUGUACUACCCCAACCCGUACUUUGAACCUCUCAGCACCACCGGAGUCUUGGAGCAGAAGCCAGGGUCUCCCAUCAUUCUCAAGGGCAGAAACCUGGUGCCGUCGGCCUCUGGUGGCGUGAAGCUGAACUACACCGUCCUAAUUGGGGACACGCCCUGCUCCGUCACUGUGUCUGAGAGCCAGCUCCUGUGUGAGCCGCCCAACCUCACCGGACAAUACAAAGUCAUGGUGCAGGUGGGGGGUCUCCACGUGUCCCCCGGCUCAGUCCACAUCAUGUCCGACUCUCUGCUCACUCUCCCGGCCAUUGUGAGCAUCGCGGCUGGAGGAGGGCUGCUCCUCAUCAUCGUCAUCCUUGUCCUUAUCGCCUACAAGCGCAAGUCCAGAGAGAAUGACCUAACGCUCAAGAGGCUGCAGAUGCAAAUGGACAACCUGGAGUCCAGGGUCGCCCUGGAGUGCAAGGAAGCGUUUGCGGAGCUGCAGACAGACAUAAAUGAACUGACCAGUGACUUGGACCGGGCGGGGAUCCCUUAUCUGGACUACAGGACGUACGCCAUGAGGGUCCUGUUCCCCGGCAUCGAAGACCACCCCGUCCUCAGAGAGCUCGAGGUGUCAGGAAACGGACAGCUUCACGUGGAGAAAGCGCUGAAAGUUUUUGGUCAGCUCAUCAACAACAAAGUGUUCCUGCUGACGUUUAUCCGCACUCUGGAAAUGCAGAGGUCCUUCUCCAUGAGGGACAGAGGGAACGUGGCCUCUCUCAUCAUGACCGCUCUACAGGGACGGCUGGAGUACGCCACAGAUGUCCUCAAACACCUGCUGUCCGACCUCAUCGACCGCAACCUGGAGAGCAAGAACCACCCCAAACUGCUCCUGCGCAGGACUGAGUCUGUGGCAGAGAAGAUGCUCACCAACUGGUUUGCCUUCCUUCUUCACAAGUUCCUCAAGGACUGUGCCGGGGAGCCUCUGUUCAUGCUGUACUGCGCCAUCAAGCAGCAGAUGGAGAAGGGUCCGAUCGACGCCAUCACCGGAGAGGCCCGCUACUCCCUGAGCGAAGACAAGCUCAUCCGCCAGCAAAUCGAGUACAAGACGCUGAUUCUGAACUGUGUGAACCCAGACAAUGAGAACAGCCCUGAGAUCCCAGUGAAAGUGUUGAACUGUGACACCAUCACUCAGGUCAAAGAGAAGAUACUGGAUGCUGUCUACAAGAACAUGCCGUACUCCCAGAGGCCACGCGCCGUCGACAUGGACCUGGAGUGGCGUCAGGGGAGAAUGGCCCGUGUGGUUCUACAGGACGAGGACAUCACCACCAAGAUCGAAAACGACUGGAAACGCCUCAACACCCUCAUGCACUACCAGGUGUCCGAUCGCUGCGUGGUGGCUCUGGUUCCCAAACAGACGUCCUCUUACAACAUCCCCUCUUCUGCCAGUAUGUCCCGCUCCUCCAUCAGCAGAUACGACUCCUCUUUCCGGUACACGGGCAGUCCAGACAGUAUGAGGUCCCGAGCUCCUAUGAUCACCCCAGACCUGGAGAGCGGAGUGAAGGUCUGGCAUCUGGUGAAGAACCACGAGCACGGAGACCAGAAGGAGGGAGACCGCGGCAGCAAGAUGGUGUCUGAGAUCUACCUCACCAGACUGCUCGCUACCAAGGGAACUCUGCAGAAGUUUGUGGACGAUCUGUUCGAGACAUUGUUCAGUACAGUGCACAGAGGCAGCACUCUCCCUCUGGCCAUCAAAUACAUGUUUGACUUCCUGGACGAGCAGGCGGACAGACACGGCAUCCAUGACACUGAUGUGAGACACACGUGGAAGAGCAACUGUCUUCCGUUGCGUUUCUGGGUGAACGUGAUCAAGAACCCUCAGUUCGUGUUUGACAUCCACAAGAGCAGUAUCACAGACGCCUGCCUCUCCGUGGUGGCUCAGACCUUCAUGGACUCGUGCUCCACCUCAGAGCACCGCCUGGGCAAAGACUCUCCCUCCAACAAGCUGCUCUACGCUAAAGACAUCCCCCACUACAAGAGCUGGGUGGAGAGGUACUACGCCGACAUAAACCGUCUGCCUGCCAUCAGUGACCAGGACAUGAACGCCUAUUUGGCAGAACAGGCCCGGCUCCACUCCUGUGACUUCAACAUGCUCAGCGCUCUGAACGAGAUCUACUCCUACGUCAGCAAAUACAGUGAAGAGGAGACAAAACUGGUGUCUCCCAACAUCCAGAAGCCCACAAACCCUGAGGAAAGAAGUCUGGUCCAGGAACGUACACCCCUGGAGGACAGCAGUCUGGUCAGGGAGCUGCGUGAAAGAAUCACAGCCGCUCUGGAACAAGACGAAACGGCGAGGAAGCAGCGCCUGGCCUACAAGGUCGACCAGCUCAUCUCAGCCAUGUCUCUGGAGAGCUGA